AGGAGGAGGAGAAGGAGGAGGGGACUGGAACUCUCUAGAAAAAAACCCAGAGUUGGAGCCAGAAACAGGGAGGCAAAGGACCUGCGACUUGGGGAGACGCCGAGUUGCUGCAAAGAGGGGCGGAGAGAGGCAGGAGGGGGUGCUCGCUGCAUGCAGCGCGCUGGCUCCAGCGGUGCCCGCGGGGAAUGUGACAUCAGUUUCUCGGGGCGCUUGCGGCUGGUGGAAUCCGCUAGCCGGGGCUGUUCUGUGCCCACCACACCCGGAGCAGGACUCGGACCCCGGCGGCCGGCCGGGAUGUCGGGGAAGGAGAGGCCAAAGGGGAAAGUGAUCAAGGAUAGCGUCACCCUUCUCCCCUGCUUUUAUUUCGUGGAGUUGCCUAUUUUGGCAUCAUCGGUGGUUAGUCUCUAUUUCCUUGAACUUACGGAUGUCUUCAAACCUGUACAUUCCGGAUUUAGCUGCUAUGACAGGAGUCUUAGCAUGCCAUACAUUGAACCCACGCAGGAGGCAAUUCCAUUCCUCAUGCUGCUUAGCUUGGCUUUUGCCGGACCUGCAAUUACGAUUAUGGUAGGAGAAGGAAUUCUCUACUGUUGCCUGUCCAAGAGAAGAAAUGGGGUUGGACUGGAGCCCAAUAUUAAUGCUGGAGGCUGUAACUUCAACUCUUUUCUUAGAAGAGCUGUCAGAUUCGUUGGGGUCCAUGUUUUUGGACUAUGCUCUACAGCUCUCAUUACAGAUAUAAUACAACUAUCCACAGGAUAUCAGGCCCCAUACUUUCUGACUGUGUGUAAACCAAACUACACUUCUCUGAAUGUGUCUUGCAAAGAAAAUUCCUACAUCGUAGAAGAUAUAUGCUCAGGAUCUGACCUUACAGUUAUUAAUAGUGGCAGAAAAUCAUUCCCUUCUCAACAUGCGACCCUUGCUGCCUUUGCAGCUGUGUAUGUUUCGAUGUACUUCAAUUCCACAUUAACGGAUUCUUCUAAGCUUCUGAAGCCUCUUUUGGUUUUCACAUUUAUCAUCUGUGGGAUUAUUUGUGGACUAACACGAAUAACUCAGUAUAAGAACCACCCAGUGGAUGUCUAUUGUGGCUUUUUAAUAGGAGGAGGAAUUGCUCUGUAUUUGGGUCUUUAUGCUGUGGGGAACUUUCUUCCUAGUGAAGAGAGUAUGUUUCAACACAGAGAAGCCCUUAGAUCUCUGACCGACCCCAAUCAAGAUCCCAAUCGAGUUCUGGCUGCUAAAAGUGUUAGCAGCAGUGAUGGCAUUGCUCACACCGAAGGCAUCCUCAACCGAAAUCCUAGAGAUGCCAGUUCCUUGACCAACCUCAAAAGGGCCAACGCUGAUGUUGAAAUCAUCACACCAAGGAGCCCCAUGGGGAAGGAGAAUAUGGUUACAUUUAGCAAUACUCUGCCAAGAGCCAGCACCCCAUCUGUGGAAGACCCUGUUCGGAGAAAUGCCUCUAUCCAUGCCUCUAUGGAUUCUGCUAGGUCAAAACAGCUCCUCACCCAGUGGAAGAACAAGAAUGAAAGCCGAAAGUUGUCCCUGCAAGUGAUAGAGACAGAGCCAGGACAGUCACCUCCCAGAUCUAUAGAAAUGAGAUCAAGCUCAGAGCCAUCAAGAGUGGGGAUGAAUGGAGAGCACCAUGGUCCUAGCAAUCAGUACCUCAAGAUCCAACCUGGCACUGUCCCAGUGUGUAACAAUAGCAUGCCUGGGGGUCCCAGAGUCUCCAUUCAGUCCCGUCCUGGGUCUUCCCAGUUGGUGCACAUUCCAGAGGAAACCCAAGAAAACAUGAGCAGCUCCCCCAAAAGCAGCUCAGCUCGGGCCAAAUGGUUGAAAGCUGCUGAGAAGACCGUGGCAUGCAACAGAAGCAACAGCCAGCCCAGGAUCAUGCAAGUCAUUGCAAUGUCCAAGCAACAAGGUGUCCUCCAAAGCAGCCCCAAGAAUACUGAAGGCAGUACAGUCUCCUGCACUGGCUCCAUCCGCUAUAAGACCUUGACAGACCAUGAACCCAGUGGGAUCGUCCGAGUGGAAGCCCACCCAGAGAACAACAGACCCAUCAUCCAGAUCCCAUCCACUGAAGGUGAAGGCAGUGGCUCCUGGAAGUGGAAGGCCCCCGAAAAGGGCAGCCUGCGCCAAACCUAUGAGCUCAACGACCUCAACAGGGACUCCGAGAGCUGUGAAUCUCUCAAGGACAGUUUUGGGUCUGGAGAUCGCAAGCGUAGCAACAUUGAUAGCAAUGAGCAUCACCAUCAUGGCAUCACCACCAUACGUGUCACCCCAGUAGAAGGCAGUGAAAUGGGCUCAGAGACAUUGUCAGUGUCUUCUUCCCGCGACUCAACUCUGCGCAGAAAGGGCAACAUUAUCUUAAUUCCAGAAAGAAAUAACAGCCCAGAGAACACCAGGAAUAUCUUCUACAAAGGGACUUCUCCCACGCGUGCUUAUAAGGAUUGAGUGAUGUCCAUGCAAUACAGUCUUUUUGGCUGACACAUACACAUCCCAACCACCCCCUACUGGAAAUAUCACAUGUUGAUUCUACCUGUGCUCUCUGAUCCAGCAGAUUAAGAAACCUUCUCACCAGAUUAGAUUAGAUUAGCCACCAUCAGCCCCCAAAACAAUGACACUUGAGAACUCCAUUCAAGUCCAAUGAGAAGGAAAAGCACAAUGCAAGAACCCUAAAGCGCAAAUAUGAAGACACUUUUUAAGAUAUCAUCAAAAAAGAAAGUGGUUCCUACCAUGUAUACUAUUUUACUUCCUGAAUGUGCCAACAUUAGUGUUUUUUUUAAUUAGCUGUGGGAAUCCAGAACACAUGUUUUCCUUGCAGCAGAGGCCAUGCAGUAUUAUAUAUAUAUAUUCGUUUUUUGAAAGAAAAAAUCUGCACCUCAAGCUCAAAGUGGCUGGUGCUGAGGAUUGUAUACAUAUAACAUGUAAGCUCUCAAAUUCUAUUUAGCUGUGAAACUGUGGUGUGCAAUUCCUUGUCUAAGAAAUGCUACAGUUUUAAGAAGAGGUUGGCUGCUUUGUGUUAGAAUAGGGACUUUUUCUAUUGCAGCUUCUCCAUAGUGGCUUUGUCAAAGUCAAAAAGAAUGAAAAAAAAAAAGGUUUUAUGCAUUUCUUCAAAAUUAUGCUUUCUUCCACAAGAAAACAAGUGAGGAAGAAUAUUUGAAGUGAAAGGGAAAAACAAAUACAUUCUGAAUAUUAUUUCUGCUUACUUUUUAGUUUAUGUAUAGGUACUGCUAAUAAUGACUUUUUAAUGAGUAGAUUUACAUAAUUAAUGACAUUAUUUUAAGAGCAUCUUUUGAAAUUACUGUGACCAUAUUUUGAAUUUUGUGGCUUCUAUUUUAUUUAUUGUUUUUAAAAAAGAUGUUGAUGUUAUAAAUAUGUUCUAAUAGCUGACAUUCCUUGAGCAAAAUAUACUGCUGUGAAUUUAAAAAGCAAGAAAUCUGAACUAAAACUUGACAAUGUAAGUUAUGUUGCCAGCUAUGUUGGCCAAGUCUACCCUCAGAUGUCUCUUACCAGCUGACUUAGGUUGCUAUCUUAACAAGAACUUCAAAAAAUCCCUUUGGUUCUGGUUAUCAACUUUUUGAUAUCCAGGUAACCAGCAAAUUAGAGUCACAGUGGUUAGAUUUUACUUUCUCCCCUAACUCUUUUUUGUUAAAAACCAACAGAAAACAUUUUUUGGAAAAAAUAAUAUUAAAAAUAAAAUAUCAUAAAAAUAUGAAUCAAGAAUGUAUUCCUUCAAAAUAUCUAAAUUGGCACAAUUUUAGUGCUUAGCAUACAAACAACUAGUUUUGCUACCUAUCCUAAUCAAAGCCUUCAGCAUACAUAAAAGGAAAAUAGUACUAUCAAUAAAAUAAAAAGAUACAACCAAAAUAUUUUGAAACGUUUUCCAAGAGGAAAUUUUAAAUAUAAAGAAAUAUUUGGUUCCUAAAGAAUUUAGUAUUCAAUAUUUUUACACCUUUUCUUAAGAAUUCUAAUAUAAACUUGAGGAUUGCCCAAGGGGUUAAAGGGGACAAAUAAAAACUAGUUGAUAGGUUCUCAAAUAAAUUUUAAGUGGGAACAAAAGAAAAAAAAAUGUAUUUAGAGGCAAAGAGAACCACAUAAAGAUAGUCAAAGGGCAAUGCUAUCUAGAUUCACCAAACUCCCAUAGUAUUAGGGAUUUAGCUGAAACCAGCAGAACUGAAAACUCUGGCAAUAAAAUAUAGAUUCUUCUCUAUCCCGGAGGGCAAUUUCCAUCUCAGAGAGGGAAGAGGGAGUCAAUUGCUGCCUUCCCCACUUCUCACCACCACCACCAUUACAACAUUCCUGCUGGCAUUUGCUAGUGCAUAGAGGUGGACUGGUCUUAGUACUCUGAAGAACAAAAAAUAAAAGCUGCAACAUUUCAGGUGCAGUGUGUUAUUUCCUAAUCUUUCCUAUUUCUAACAAAAGAUUUUAAAAAAAUACUUCUCUAGUCAUGGAAGUUUUUUUUUCUUUACAUAAAUAUUGAGAUAUUCUUUUUCUACUCAAAAGUGCCAAAGGCUACAGUUUUUAAUGACUUAAUGAAUUGUACCACAUUGUUAAGGAAAUAUGAUAGUUGCUAGAACUCAGACCUCUGCAUGUAUAUUUGAUAACACUUCUUUUUGUAAAAAAAUAAAUACAAAAAAAGAUUUGUUUACAUUCCACUAGUACCUUAAUUUUAAAAAAUGAGACUAACAGAUGUUAUCUCUUCGUAGUGUUCUAUUAUUCUUAUUUGCUAAUCAGAACACUUCUUCCUUUGUUAGGCUGUGCUUUACUGAAGAAAUUGAGUAUUGAAUAUAGAGAUCUAAUUAUCUUUUUAAAGUAAAUAAAAUAUGAAUAUAUAAUAUAUAUAAAGUAUUGUGUUUAAUAAAAUGGUAUGCAAUGUUUUCCAAACUGAUAAAGUUUGUAAAGUGCUAUAAUGUAUUUUGUUAAGUAAAAAUCAGAGCUAAUGUGUGAGUAUAUUGUGCUAACAUCAUAGAAAUAAAGAUUAGAUUUCUUCACCAAAGUGGAA